AUGGCAAUUGCUGUCGAUGGCCCGAUGCGCGGAAGGUGCCGUUCUCGGCGCUGCCAACCUGAUGAGUUCGGCGGUCGGCGGUCAGCGGUCGGCGGUUCGGCGCAGUGGCGCCAUGCGAUGCGACCGCGACGUUGCCAUUUGAAGACGCGUUGCGGUCGGCCGUCGUUCGGUGGCGACGUGACGGCCGUUCGCAGUGCGACUGGUGGACGGGUCGGAGGUGGCGGUGGCGGCGGCGGCGGCGGCGACGGCGACGGUGGCGGUUUUGAGAAGCAAGGGAGGACGGACGAGCGAUGCACCGCCAUGCGUGCCGGUGGUCAGUGCUCUUUUUCUUAA